UUUUUUCCUCUUCUUCGUUCUUCUUUCUUCUUCAUCCAUGAAACCGAGAGAGCAGGUCGAGACAGAGAAGAUUAAUGGAAGAUGAUUGAAGAUAGAAAUGAUUGAAGAUAGAAAUUGAGAAGGAUUCGAAGUAGAAGAUGUGAAUGCUGCCAUCGAUUAACAACAGGAAGAAUGGAAAUGGUCGCUGCUGUCUGAAGUGAAGAGUUAGGGUUUUGUUUCUGAAGAAUUAGGGUUCGUAGGAGUUGAACUAAUAUGGUUGAAUCUGGAGGAGAUGGGUUGAGAAUUUAAAAAGAAAUUGGUGUUACUGUUACCAUGGGUUGAGAACCAAUCGAGAAAUUAGAAGGUGGUAUUGGUUGAUUGAGUUGCUGAGAUGGGUGAUUAGGUUCAGAUGGAGGAAUUUUUGAAGAUUAAUGGAGAAUUUAGGGUGUGUAAAAGAUGAAUCUGGUGGUUUUUUUUCCAUGAUUAAGUCAGAGAAGGAAAACUCGAAUCUGAGAUGGAAAUGGAUUUAGGGUUUGAGUUUGAAUCAUGGCUUGCUGAGCUCGAGCACCUGUAGUGGGGUUUUGAUUUGAAUCUGAGAUUUGAAAGUGCUGGAUGAAGUUGUGAAAGGGAAUGGAGAUGUUGAUGUUCAUGGAUACACACAGGAUGGCUAGAACCCGUGAUUUUAGAUGAAGAAAGUUCAAAAGAAGCAAUCAGUAACAGAGAUUGAUGAAUGGAGGUUCUUGAGAUGUGAAUUGAAGAAAAUGAAAUGCUGGGGUUAGCAAAGAUCAGAUGCAGUGGCUUUUGGUGAUUGUGAACUGCAGUGAACAAAUGUAAGUGCAGUGGUAACAGUAAUUAUUAGUUUCUCAGUACUAGAUUUUUUUUCUAAUAUUGUUUCUUUAGAUUUAUUCCACAUCCAUACAAAUAUGUUUUUGUAUCAAACUUGAUUGAUUUUAUCAAUAAUGAGGUUACAUUUUUUAGUUUAGUUAGUUUUUUGGUAGAUUAGAGUUACAAGCAGGGAAUAUGAAGCUUCUCUUGUUAUUUUGUGGCUGAGCAAGUACUGAGAAGAGUGGCUUGCAGUUACUGAAUGACAUUAUUCUUUCAUUAUUGAGAUGCUCUAAUCCAUGUAUUAAUGCAUUUGCCACAUAGAGCAGUAAUAUUUCCUCUAUUAUGAUUCAUACUUCAAAACAACGAUACACAUAAUCUCCUGAAAUUAUGUAGUCAAAGCAUUACGAAGAUAGUGAUUAAGAUAACAAACUUGCUCUGUAUUUAUGAUUCCCUAUGGCUAUGCAUCUGUGGAGUCAAUAGAUAAAGAGGAAAUUGGACCUCCUAAUUAAGGAGGAGCCAGGCCUUUGUGAACAAGGAUUUGCAUGUACUUACAAGCAAGAUAUCUGGAAGCAAGGUACUUGCAAAUUCAUGUAUUUUCUUCCCUGAAAUUCACAACACCUGCCUAGCUCUCUAAUUUGGAUAAUAUAUCGUGAUUUUUCUUUUUGAAAUGCUUACGAGUAGUAGCAUCACAAGUGGGGAGUUGAUACCAAAACCGUAUACAUUUUUUCUGUUGUAUCUUAUGAGUUUGGUGAUCAUAUGAGUGACAUCGAAGUGUCUGUAUUACUUGGUACUCCAAAAAUCUCUCUUUCUGCAAUGGAUAUGCAUGAGAUGUAAUAACUUGCUGUCUUGGUUAGUAAUUGUUGGAGCUGGAAAUUUUCUAUGAGAACAAAGCGUAGCAAGCCACUUGAACAAUGUUGAGAAUUGAUGUUGAGAUCUUUAAAACCGGUAAAACUGACCAAGUUUUUUCAUUUCAAUUACUGAUUGAUUAUAUGUAGGAUGCAGUAUCUGUUUGAUACAUCUCAUCUUCGUGUUUAUUACUGUUUUGCAGCCAAUCAAGGGGCUGCUCUUGGUAACAUUCCCAUAAUUGCCUUCUGUGACACUGACUCACCAAUGCCAUAUGUUGAUAUUGGUAUUCCUGCUAACAACAAGGGAAAGAACAGCAUUGGUUGUCUUUUCUGGAUGUUGGCAAGGAUGGUUCCGCCAAUGCGCGACACCAUUCUCCCAGGGCACAAGUGGGAUGUGAUGGUCGAUCUAUUUUUCUACAGGCAGCCUGAGGAAACCAAGGACCAGGAAGUAGAUGAGGGUGCUGGUCCAGUGCCCGAUUUUGGUGUUACUGAGUACGGUGACAGUAUGCUCGCUAAUGGGCAGGCGACGUCCAACGGGGAGGUGAUGCAGUUGCUGCUCCAGCCCUUGCUGCUGUUGUUCCUGCGGCAGGAGUGGAUGCAUCUUGGUAGUCAGCGGCGGCAUCAUCCCUCCAGCUGCAAGUUGGGAAUGAGGGGUGCAGUAAUGUCUUAUAUUUUUUUGCCGGUCUUUUCUCAUGUACUCAGGGUGUUAUAUCGAACCUUGCUUUCUCUGUUGGGCUAAUUUUGUUUUAAUAGUUGAAAAGAUAUUUUAGUUUUCUUAGCUCCGUACCUUGAACCUUUCUUAUUUGAAUAGCAGAUUCCUUUCGUUUGGGAAUGAGGUUCUUCACACUUGAGAAUUUUUAGUUAGUGGUUUUGAGGAUUAUUUGAGCCUUGUUUUUUUUUUUUUUGUUUGCUCGUCAUUUUUAUGUCCGGAGUAUGUUGUUGCCUUUUGAGUUUGGGAUAGUAACUACUUUAGCUAGCGAGUGAUAGUUUGAGAGAGAGUUGGUGUUGAGAAUCUCUAAAGAUUUGAAUAUAAGAUCUUUUAUUUUAUUUU